AGCUGUCAUUAGGCACAGAUGACACACACAAACACACACACACACACACACACACACACAGGGAGGUAAUCUCACCCAGAAGAGAGGGGAAAUACGAAAUGCGCUAGUGUGUAUGCUGUGAAGUAUAGUGUUUACUGUAUGCCUGUGUGUAUUGCUGAGCCGGCAUGGGAUGGUCAACUGGAUCUCGACUGGUUAUGGACUGGUUUAACCAAAGCAGCAGUGCUGAUAUUUGCUGAAGAUGAGUAAUGGGGGCAGAAAUACCCCGGAGCCCUCCAGAGGGGCCGAGUCUCUGAAGAGGAAGGACUGUCAAUCAGACCUCCUUGGUCCCAGCCCCAAAAGAAACAGUGAGAGGAGGAAUCGGGAGCAGGAAAACAAGUACAUUGAGGAGCUGGCUGAACUGAUCUUUGCCAACAUUAACGACAUUGAUGAUCUCAACGUCAAGCCAGACAAAUGUGCCAUCCUAAAAGAGACAGUGAAGCAGAUCAGACAGAUCAAGGAGCAGGAAAAGACUCCGGUUGCUGAUACAGAUGAUGUGCAGAAGGCUGAUGUGUCAUCCACAGGACAGGGUGUCAUAGACAAAGACGCUCUUGGACCCAUGAUGCUAGAGGCACUUGAUGGUUUCUUCUUUGUGGUCAACAUGGAAGGCAAUCUAGUGUUUGUGUCGGAAAAUGUGAGCCAGUACUUGCACUACCAGCAGGAGGAGCUGAUGAACACCAGUGUAUAUAGUGUGCUUCAUGUUGGAGAUCACGCUGAGUUCAUCAAGAACCUGCUCCCUAAGAGCUUAGUGAAUCACCAGAGUAACGAAUCAUCCAGUAGGAACAGCCACACUUUUAACUGUCGUAUGCUGGUCAACCCUAAUGGUGAUGGUGAAACAGGGCUGGCCUCCAGUCAGCAGGAGGCAUCGCAGCAGAAGUACGAGAUCAUGCAGUGCUUUGCAGUCUCCGAACCCAAGUCUAUCAAAGAAGACGGUGAAGAUUUUCAGUCUUGUCUCAUCUGUGUGGCGAGAAGAGUCCCUGUCAAAGAGAGGCCUGUGAUGUCCACGUAUGAGAGCUUCACCACAAGACAAGACCUUCAAGGUAAGAUUACAUCUUUGGACACUAGUCUGCUGAGGGCAUCCGUGAAACCAGGAUGGGAGGACUUGGUCCGACGUUGCAUUCAGAGAUUUCAUCUGCAGAAUGAUGGGGAGAUAUCCUUUGCUAAGAAACACCAGCAAGAUGUGUUGAGGAACGGUCAUGCCCUCAGCCCUCUCUAUAGAUUCUCCCUGUCAGAUGGUACAGUUGUCUCAGCUCACACCAAGAGCAAGCUGGUCCGAUCUCCUGCCACCAACGAACCCCAGCUCUACAUGUCCAUGCACGUCUUGCAAAGGGAGCAGAAUAUGGGUGGGAUAACACCAGAUGUGCCUGGCUGCCAGGUUAUGACAAAGCCAGUGACCCCACCCAGUGCAAGUGGUCCUUCUCCUUCCCCUGAUGCCAGUAUCGGCAGCAAUAGCCAAAACUUGACUACAGCCACCAGUGCAACCUCUGGACGUAGUUUUGGGGCAGCACCAGGCCAGAUACUUACACCUCAGGGAAACAGCCAUUCACUCAAGCUGGGCAGCCCUUCAGCACAAGGAAGCCCCAGUGUGACUUCAGGGGCCCAUGGUGCCAUGCUGUCUCCUUGCCAUCGCCAUAGCCCCAGCAUGGUAGCUAGUAGCAGCAGCUGUUGUAGCCCUCACCCUCCUCAGCAUCCACCUGGGUCCUUCUCUCCAGCAGGGGCCCUCCACUCACCAGCAUCUGUCUGCAGCAGCACUGGAACUAGCCAAGGAUUCAACAACAGCUCUCUUAGUGCUCUGCAGGCCUUAAGCCAGGGGCACAGGGUUUCCCAGGCAGUCACAGAAGGACCCCAUCCAGACUCACCGGAGAAAAAUCUGGCUGGCCCUCAGAGCCCUCUUAAUAGUAGUUGCAUCGGUAGCCAACUAGCCAAGAACAAUCCAAGUUUAGAUGCUGAUUUAUUUGGAACUUUUGGGGAGUCAUCCCAAAAUGAAGAGGGAGAGCAGUCUGAGGGAAAAGAUGGGGACCCUGAAAGCUUUGGAAGUAAUGGGGGCCUAGGGGAGCUGGUUGACUCUUCAAACCGCCUUCUGAACACGAAAGGCCACACAAAGCUGCUCCAGCUCCUCACCACAAAAUUAGAAACCGCUGACCCCAGCUCACCAUCUCACCUGGGGGAUGAUCAGAACUGUAAGGACCAGUUUAGUGGGAUCGGGGGUGCUGGUGGGGCUGGAUUGGGAGCAGGUCCUAACACCCAUUCUACUUCGUUAAAGGAGAAACACAAAAUUCUCCACAGGUUACUUCAGAACAGUACCUCACCUGUGGAGCUGGCUAAGAUAACAGCUGAAGCUACCGGAAAAGACCCCAUUGGUCCUGAGUUGGCUCCAGGGGAUGGCAUCGCCACACUAGGUGAACUUGGAACAAAACAGGAGCCAGGGAGCCCCAAAAAGAAAGACAAUGCUCUGCUACGCUACUUGUUAGAUAGAGAUGAUAACGGCAUCCUGGAUAAAGCCAUCAAGAUUGAACCUGGUGAAGGAUCAAAGCUGUCAAAUGUUAAGACAGAAAAACAGGAGGCAGCUUUCAACAUGGGGGACCAGUCCUGUGAGCUUGAGGACUUACUAGACGACCUGCAGAGUGGCAGCCAGCAGCAGCUGUUCCCCAACCAGCCACCCACCAGGAUGCUGGUCUCCUCUGUCCCUUCUGGCUCCUCUGUGGACAAACAGACCAUCAUCACUGACAUCCUGCAGAUGAAUGACACCUGCAACAGCAGCUCGCCCAGUCAGCACAAAGCAUUCCCUCCCAUCAGCCCUGCAGCAGGGUUUAAUGGUGUGAGGCCGGGCCAGCUGGGUCGAGGAGCUCCUCUGACUAGGAGCAUGUCUCUGGACAACAACAUAGGCCCCAACCCCAAUGUCCCCAGGCCCUUUCCUCCUCAGCACCGGAACAAUGCCAGCUCAUACUCUUUAGUACAGCAACCACAGCAGCAUGGAAUGAUGGGAAGCCACACAGGCACAGCCAACCUGGCUACAAUGGCUAACCCAGGCAUGCUAAAUAGUGGGCCACUGCGGGGCUCUAUUCAGCAGGGCUGGGGUACCCAAGGGCCCAUGGGGGCCACUCCAGGGCUAAUCAUGGGCCAGGGACCUGUCGUACCUGGCCGCAUAGUCCCCAGCAUGAGUGCUACACUGCCCACAAGAAGCAGCGUUCCACCUGGAUCCAGAGCCAUGGUCAACAUGCAGAUGAUGGGCAGUGAAUUGGAGAUGGCAAACUCUGCUUACCCUCAGCAGCAAGCACCACCAAAUCAAACUGCACCGUGGCCUGAGCGAAUGAUGACCAUGGAUCACUAUGGAAACCCAAACAGGCCUUCAUAUGGUGUCCCCCAGGAGGAUGGGAUGGGCUGUUGCCCUAUGGGGCCAGAGGGUCAGCCAGAUGAAGGGGCUCUGCUCAAUCAGCUGUGUUCAGUGCUUAAAGACUAUGAGGGGCUGGAGGAGAUCGAUAAGAUGCUGGGAAUCCCAACACUCGCUGGACAGGGUCAAAUGUCUGAGCGGGACCAGUACCUUGGCUCCUCAGACCUAUCACCAGGAAUGAAGCCUCCUCUGUACAGCCAACACUACAGCAGCCAGCCAGGUUAUGGCAGUCUACCUCCAGAUGCAGCUUUCCACGGUCCAUCUAUGGCUGGCCAUAUGGGGCCACAGAGGAUGCCACCCUCCUCUGGAUACCCCUCAAUGAUGAGGAUGCCUGGUGCAGGAGGGCCCAGACCAGCAGGGAUGAGACCAGGUGGACCUAAUCCAGUAGUGCCCCCACAGCCCAAUAACCUGAGGCUCCAGCUGCAGCACAGACUUCAGGCCCAGCUAAACCGUCAGCCAGUGAACCAGAUGAGCGGAGUGUCCAGUAUGAAUCUACCUCUAAGGUCUAAUCUACCAAACCAGGGACCUGUCAACACCCAGAUGCUGGCCCAGCGUCAGCGGGAGUACCUCAGCAACCACCUCCGCCAACGCCAGCAACAGCAACAACACGUGCACCAGCAACGUACCAUGAUGUUACGGACUCAGGGGCUUAGCAUGCCAUCUAACAUGCCUAGUGGGGGUGCUGCACCUAUGCCGAUGCCCAUGGGCAGUACCAACCCUCGCCUCCCACAAGGCAACCCACAGCAGUUCCCCUACCCAGCCUCUAGCUACGGUACAAGCCUACUCUCUCCUUCUCCUCAUCCUGGUUCCUCCAGUCCCUUCUUCUCCCCACUCUCUCCAACUCAUCAUAUGGCUCGCCAGGGCAUGAUGGGAAAUAUAGGCAAGCAGUACAACAGGGUUUUUAGUCCGCCAUCACAGCACACUGUCUUUCAGUUCAAAAGUUCAGGAAUGGGCCAGCAGCAACACCAGGAUCCAAUGUCAGGCUUCCCAUGUGGAACAGUGACUCCGCAGAGUCCCCUGCUGUCUCCCAGGAUGGGGCAAGGUCAGAGCCCUAUACUUCAACAGAACCAAGGCCAAGCCCUUACACAAGGCCAGGGCCCAAAUCAGGGAGGAGGCCCAGGCUAUGAACCUAGCACAGACCUCAGUGGAUGGCCCCAACCUGCCAACAUCUCCACCAGCAGCAAUGUUUAUCCACAGCAGUCCCAAUCCCAGUAUUCCACACAACCCACUGCAGGAAUGUACAAUGGUAACAGCAACAUGAACGUGGGCAUACCAAUGGCCAGUAACAGUGGUAACAUGAACCACAUGUCAGGACGGAUGAGCUCCAUGACAUCCAUGGGUCCAGAUCAGGUGAGUGACAGCAGCCUGAUCCUGGAACAGCUGGCAGGAAUGGAGAUGCUGACACCAGACACUGAUACCAGUUCUAAUUUCUGCUGACCUUGACUGCAGUUGUGAUGAUGAAACAUGCAAAAAACAUUGAUGUCAGCUCUGGAAACGUGGCUCCCUCUUUCAUACCACCCUACUGAGAGAAAAGUGGAGAGAGUACAUCAAAGACGUGUAAAACCUUCUGAACCGCAUUCACCUCAAUCCGGUUCAUCAUUUUUAUGCAAAAGUCCUGACAGGGAAACUUUCCAUCCGUACCAGUCCUACACUGUUACUCCUACAUCCACUGGUCAGAUGAAUGUAUUUGGGAGUUUUCCUGCUGAAAACACACAACUGUAAUCCUCUCAAGUCUCUGAGACCGUGUGUGUGUGUGUGUGUGUGUGUGUGUGUGUGUUAAACUAAAAGUAUUGAUGUCAGAGUUAGAGAUAUGAAUGGUUGAUAGACCUGUAUGAUACAUGGACUGUAUCACUUAUGGUUCGAUUUUAUAGCCUGUUUGAAGGUUUAUGAAAAAAAAUAUUUUACUGGUAUUUAUAGUUUUGAAGACAUUUUAGAGACUAUUUGUAUGAAAUGAAGAAUGGUACAUAUUGUUGUUGAUUUUGAAAUUAAUAUAUUUUAACUGCUGUAGUUACGGGGGAACUGUAUACAGGUAUCCCUAUUUAAUGACUUUUUGAAGGUGAAUGUGUAUAUAUUUGUACAUAUUUGGAUUUAUUCUAGUGCUUUUCCCUUAAGUGGUAUUGCAAAGCAGCAGUUUAGAAUGUUUCUCAGAGAGCAGAAAUAAUGACAGUGAUGAUUAUAUUAAACCUCACUCUGCAAGUCGGUCACUUGAUUUAAGCAACUCUGUAGACAAAUAGACAAAAUAGUUAAAUACUUAAUUUUCAUUCCGGUAUGACAAUCAGAGGUCUUUAACUAAUGAUCACACUCAGCUAAAUAGCCAAUCUUGUGAGAAUUUAGCUAGUUAGCAAGUGAAGGGUUGCACCAGCUGAAACAGGUUAAACAUAAGCAGUCACUGAUCAGCUACAACAUGUUGUCAAGUGAAAUGGUAAAAUGUGGAUUUUUUCAUUAACAUGGCACUUUUCAGUGGGUAGAAUAUAUUAGGCAGCAAAUUAACAUUUAGUCCUCAAAGUUGAUAUGAUGGCAUCAGCAAAAUGGGUAGCCUAAGCAUCUAGCAAUUAUACUGGCCAAUUACUCGGUCUGAACAUCUCCAAAACUGCAAAUCCUGUUAGAUGUUCCCAAUUGGUUGGUAAUCUAACAAAAAUCAGACCGCCAGUCUAAGGAGGGAAAACCAGAUGAUCUCAGUUCAACCCGGCAUCUACAGGAUGUUCUGGACAAACAAAUCCAAUCCACGGAGGACCCAUGUCCGAACUUACAGAAUUUAAAGGAUCUGUUGUUGAUGUCUUAGUGCCAGACACCACAGCACACCUUCAGAGGUCUUUUGGAGUCCAGGUCUCAGGUCAGAGAUGUUACGAUAUAAGUAAUAAUGUUAUGUUCCCACAGAUGCCCAGUUGGAUUGAGAAUCAGUUCUUGCUUAGACCACUUUUGGCAGGCUACUAAUCACCGCAGAUCAGGAAUGCUCAAAAGGAUCUGCAGUUUUACUGAUUCUCUUAGCAAGUCAUUUUGCCAUCACAAUUUGUCCCUUGUCAAAGUCCUUCAGAUGUCCUCUUCAUGUAUCAGUGGUCAUAAUACUAAGGCUGACUGGUGUAUGUUACAGCUUACACCUAACGCUGUGAAGAUCUUAGUUAUCCAAGUCAUGGUAUAUGUGGUGCCAUUGGCUGUAUGAGCUCAACUUGCCUCAACUCAGCACUAUGUGAUUAACACGUUUUGUCAGGUAUCAUUUAUAAUACCACCUUUACAUUAGUUCCGAGCAUGCUGAUGUAACAAAAACAUAACAUAAAACACUUCAGAUCACAGAUUGGUCAAUGUAGAGUUGUCACAACACGAACACUUUUUUGUAUCACCAUGUUGUGGCACUGGACAGUAGCCAGCUACCUGGGAUCAAAUGUUCAAGUCAGCUCUAUCUUAAUAAGUUGACCUCAGAACUGAAUUUACAUAAAUAUACUCCAGCUUGAAAAAGUAUUAAAGCGUACAUUUUACUUCAAAAUUGACAAUUUAUAUUUGCAAGUUUCAUCCCCCACUAUUGCUGUUAGCCUGUAGAUGCCUUCAGUUUCAAGAUGACAUUACAACCACCAAUGGAAAUGGAAUGUGCUGGUACCAAAACAAGAGUGAAGUCAAGUCAGAAAAAGGGUAGCUGAGUUGGUACUGUCAGUGGAAAAGCAGCUUAAGUGCUGAAUCAACUGGACUUGAUAAACUUUCUUGAAGAUGUUUAAUCUCUUAUCCAAAAGACUUCUUUAUUUCUAGUAGACUUUUUGACAGUCCCAGGCAUUUAAGCUGGAGGGGGUUGGUUUACUUCUUCACAGUCACUGGGGUCACAUGAGCCUGGAGAAUCUCAUAAGAAACAGACAGGUCAGCAGCUCACAUGUUAUUCAAGCGAGAAAGAAAAGAAUUGGUGCCAUCUUGUAGACUGGAAUCAUUUUCAAGAAAAUAUAUCCAUUUUGAAGACAUUUAUGAUAAUCAGUUAAUGAGUGGCAUAACUGUUGAGGCUAUGAUAAUCCAUAGGUUUCUUAUCUAGUGCCAGAACUGUAAGUUAUGAUAUGUGCAAAAGUGACAUCCCCCCACAGCUGCAGCUUUGCGUUUAGUGCUGUCAACUUUGUGUUGGCAUGCUAACACUUAUAAGUAACACUUUUGUUAACAGUAAGCAAGGGUAUGUAACAUUGACCUCAUUCGUCCACAGGCUGACAGGAACUCAGGUACCUCAACAGCCAAAAAUGUUCCUUAGAGGAAAAAAAAAAAAGUUUGGUCAAACAAUUUUCUGUCAGAUCUUUAUACAAUAUUGUACAUUAAGAUUACAUUAAUUUUUAAUGCUCUAUCUCAUGUUUUAAUACUACUUUCAAUUUCUCCUCCACAUUAAAAGAUCCACACUGCAAAACUGAUGAAUGAGUAACUAGUAAAUUGUCUUAAACUGUAGACCAUUUCAGACUUUUUGUAGUUUUUUGUUUUUUUUCCACGAAAACUGGACAUGGAUUUAUAAAAUAUAAUUAUAGACAUCUUUCAUUUUAACUUUCUCCGUUGAGACUGAUGACUUCCUGUCCAGCAAUGGAGGUCUCCUAUUGUGGAUUUCUCCCAUUAAGUUCUAAACAUCACCAUGUAAGCACGCUAGUAUUAACUCAGUCUUUGUUUACUGUUUUGAUCAUUUUCCCCACUCCUCUGAGGUUUGACUAUUGAGAUUUUUUCUGCCUAAAAGGCAACUUUGCCUUCUAAACAUGUAUAUAAAAACCCAUACUACUGCAUUUCAUUUGAAACGCAUUCAUUCAUUUGAAGGCUGCUGGUUCUGGACAGUGAUUGAAUGUCAUGUAUCCAGACUGUUUAUGAUCACUGAACCUGUGAUCAUAAAUAGGCAAGGACAACAUGUUUAUUAUUAGUGCAAACUUUCUAUUUAUGAAGAUCCUUCACAUCUCACAGUUAUGUUGAAUUUUACUACCUGGAAAUGUCUGGAGAAUCAUUUCAUCAAAAAUUUUCAAAGGUGCUCUCUGAUCUUUUAGGUGCUUUCACAUACAUGUCUGUUAGCUUGAAAUUGUGAACAAAACCAUCUGUAAUUUUUGUUGUGUAUUUUUUUAACCUUUGGGUGGUCCAGAAAAACUGCAAAGCGCGUACUGUAUCAAGGAUGAAGAAUGUGAACAUGCAAACUGACUGCAAAAUGAAACACUGAAUUGAAGUUUUAACUUUUCUUUUUUUAAAUUAGUUAUUAUUGAUCCUCCAUCACAGAUAAGAUAUAUUCUUUUGUCCACAGGUUGUACAAAAAUACAUCUGAAAUGACAUUAAAGUCCAGUAAAACAUGCUGGUAUUUGUAAAAUCCCAAACAGCUGUAUAAUGAUGUACUGUAUCAGGGCCACACUGAGCAGAAAUGAAAUAUAAUUGUAAUAAAGUCUUAUUAUCAUAGGAUUAAAGUCAUUUUACUUUUGUGGAAUUUAAUUUAAAUGAAGAAAUCAUGUACAGUAGCAUCUAAUAGAAAUAUCAGCCUUGUUUUUCAUUCAGUAAAACUGCAUUUAUAAAACACACACCACUACAUUUGAGUCCACUGGAAAUUGAAGUGUUUUCUACAUAACAUUAUGUUAUGCUAUGCUAUGUCAUUACUAUGUUUCUGUACUUUUUUUUUUUUUUUUGGGGGGGGGUGGUAUAACAAAAUUUAUCCUUGUAAUGGUAUGACUUUCUCAACCAUUACAACUUUAUUCCUUCAAAACUUGGACCUAUUCUUUAAACAAUUACAACUGUAGACUCAUAAAAUUUGGAACAUUGUUUCUGGAAAUAGUUUUUGUCAAACAAUUAUGACUUUAUUCUUCUGAAAGUUUGACUUUUUUCUGAAGUACUGAUGUAAAUUAUGGCUUUUCUUUGUAACGUUAUUUAUGCUUUGUAUUUAAAAAUGGUUUAAUAUAUUGACUUCUCUUGUUUGACUUUUGUUUUUAUGACUUGUAGUAUUGUAGUCUUGUAGUAUUUUUCUUUUUUUUUUUUUUUCUCAAAAUUCAGACUUUUUCCUCUUCUUUAGAUCCUCUGUGUGGCCCUGAUAUUUGUUAAUACAAAUGUGAAAAACCCCUCCCUCCCCCAUGUUUGUGGAGAAUGAUGGCAACCUAGACAGUCCUGUUUGUUAACCCCUAUGUCUUUUAGAUGGGAAUGAGUGAUCUUUUUCCAAAUGUUCUCUUUUUUGAUACUACUGUAUUUCUUGUGAAUAUUUUCAAAUCUUAAGACUGAUAGGGUUAUGCCUUAGCUGUGUGCAUUUUACAGAUGGGUGAUGAGAUGUCACAUUCUGCUCAGUAACAGUAGUCUUCACAUUCAGUCUAUUUCCAUAACCUCAGCUUCAACUCACUGAUAAUGUAAGUUGAUGAUGAUACUGUGUCAGCAUUCAGCAAAAUGUACAACGUGUUGAGUGUAGCUGCAUAUUGCUCCAGGGAGAUUCUCUGUAAAACACUGUUUUUCAGGGUCUAAUGUCAGUUUUCUUUAAACACACCUUUGUUUGAUGGACCAGUAACUGUAUCACAAGGACUAAAUAGAAAUUUGAGACCAUUUUUCUUUAAAAUGGAGGAUGAAUGCACAAACAAGGCUGAAAAUCAGAGCCAGGCACAUCAUGCUAACUUUUCACUAUUAUUUUAUCAUUACCAUUUUUGUUUGAUGUGUAUGUAUAAUGUAUUUGUUGGACAGAUAUUGAAGUUAACCCUUAGAUGCAUGAGUGACUGGACCUUACACUCUUCCAUAACUGGGUCAAAAAUGACUUGUGUUAAAAUCAAUGCAUUUUAAUGACAUUUUUGUCAUUUUGUCACAUUAAAAAUAAUAAUUUGUAUAUUUUGGUUCACACAAGAAUGAUUUAAUGUUUGAUUUUUUGUUUUUUUUCAUGUUUUAACAUUUUUAACCAUUUAAUUUUUUUUUUAUAUUUUCAAAAUUUGAAAAGCAAACUAUACAUAGUACAUAAUAUAUAGUAUAUAACAACAAUACAACGAUAUCCACAUCCGUCUUGUGCUUUCUGUCUCAUCACUGUAAUCAGUUGUGAUAAACUACCUGUGUCUGGCAGUGAUCUUUUCACACAGGUACUUUUUUUUUUUUACAAAGACAUUGCAAGAAAACAACCUUUUGACUCAGUUAUGCAUCUGAGGGUUAAGCAGGGCACACUGCUAUAGAAACAUGCUAUAACACAUUUGACAUCUGGACUGACCAUGUGAGCUGUUGAUGAUGAAGCAAACUAGCUGCACUGACCUACAGUACACUGUAAAAUGAAUAUUUAACCAGCUCUAAAUUGUCAGUUUUCAUCUCUGUAAAGCCAGUGCAUGUGUGUAGAUAAGUACAAACAAAACCAAGCAAGCAUACUUGGAAAAAGUACCCAUGCUGCUUUUUAUUCUAGUCUAUUUAGGCUUCUGUGAGAGAAAAAAAAAGAAAUGUAAAUAAUGACUACAUUACUAAGUAAGUUCAUUAUUUUUUAGGUAUUGAAUUGAAUUUUGAGGUACGAUGGCAGAAUUUUCAAGUGGUGAAAACAGGCUUCAACGGGUUUCAAGCCAAGGGCAGGUCAGAAAAUAGCUUAUAAAAUAUAAAGUCAUCUACAGUACUGUGUAGAAGUCUUAGACGACCUUUAACUUUGUUGUUUUUGCAGGGUUGAAAUUAAUGUUCAUCUAUAAUUCUCAGCAAGCAAGCAAGAAACUACAAAAAAAUAUGUGCACAGUAUUAAAAAUACAAAAACAUGAGAGCUAAAUGGCUCCUACAGGUUACUCUCAGCACUUUGCAGAACCUUUGUUCCUAUUGUGGAAAAGUAUUGAUGUGUUGAAUGAAACCUGGUAUAAAACACAAAAUGAAUGCAGUAUAUGUCACAUUGUCUCACAAGAGUUAUUAAAGACAUGUUGAGUACAGGUAGCAUUAAACACUAGACACUUGUUUACAGAAUCAGGUUUUUUGUUUUUUAGUUGUUUUUUUAAUUUUAUUUUACAUGGGCUAUUUCCCAUUUAUCCUGGUUAUAACUUAAUACACAGACAGAAUUUUGUUAAGACUAUGGCACAGUACAGUAAUAAUGUUAUAACUUCAGCCACUGGUAAAAUCAUCUUUAAAUGAAGAUACUGUGGCCCGACAGAUAAUUCACAUUUUGUCCUAGUCCAUAGAGCACAUUCCCUCUGUCAGUGAGUAGACGAUAUCACUGUAAAACGUUCCUCCAUUGUCUUGGUGAUCAGCUGUAAAAUGAGUGUUUGCUGAUAGAGUGGUAAAUCAGGAUGGAGCUGUUUGUGAUUUUUUUAUUUUUAAACAUUUUCCUCCUGAUAUUCAUGUGGAAUAUCUAAGUGUUGACACAUUCCAGUCCAGACUAACAUUUUAUUCACAGUGAGUGUUUUCCAAGGCAGAUGUCUGGAUGAUCACACUCUAUGCAGGCUGUCUACUGUCAAGUUACUUUUGCCAAUACCGCUUGUUCAUUUCUAAUUCAUGCAACUGUAAAUAAAUUAUUUUUAUGGAGCAG